AUGACCGAUCAAGUAGAAGAAACAUAUUACGAUGUUUUAGGAGUUUCAACAACAGCUAACACGGAUGAAAUUAAAAAAGCAUAUCAAAAAUUGAUAUUAAUAUGGCAUCCAGAUAAAGAAAAACUGCGUCAAAAUAAACAAAUUAGCGAUGGAUCUUUGGAAAUUGAUGAUACGGUCGAGGAAGAAGAAUUAAGAGAGAAUUUUAUUGAUAAACGGGAAAAUAACGGUGUGAGGGACGUUUCAACCUCCUAUAAGAUACAGCGAAUAAGCGAUGCAUGGAAAACAUUAAAAGAUCCUGCUGCGAGAAAAGCAUACGAUGCUCAGGUUAAAGCUGCACAAUUGAAUGCACAAAACGAUGGCGUCGUUAAUGCGGAAAUAGAUUUAGACGACAUGAAAUAUGAUAAAGAAACAUUUACAUACACUUUAGAAUGUCGUUGUAGUGGUCAAUACAUAAUCACGGAGGAGGAUUUAGAGAAUGAAAUAGAUAUUGUUGCGUGUGGUGGAUGUUCAUUACGUGUUAGGGUUUUGUAUGAUGUUGUUGAUGAUAACAACAAAGAGGAAGGCGCUCUAAUAUGA